AGGAGACCAAUCGCUAUGCCUUGGAGCUACAGGAGAAGACAGAGCCAGGAGUGAGGGGGAAACUCGCUAAAUGGGUGACAACCACAAUUAGUGAAAUGUAUACCUUCCUGGUGACAGUCCUCCUCAUGGGGAUAGUAAAGAAGAACUCCCUAAGAGACUACUGGAGCACAGAUCCUAUGUUUGCAACUCCCUUCUUUGCCACCCUCUUUUCCCAAGACCGCUUCCUAAUUCUGCUGCGAUGCCUGCAUUUCGUCAACAAUGCUACUGCCAUCCUAAGUGACCCGUUAUACAAAAUAAGAAUUGUUCUUAUCAGCCUGACAUCAGCAUUUGGUCGGGUCUUUGUGCCAUACAAGGACCUAUGCAUUGAUGAGUCCCUGAUGUUAUGGAAAGGUAGGCUGGCAUUCCGUCAAUAUAUUCCCUCCAAAAGGCACAGGUUUGGGGUCAAGUUCUUUGUCAUGUGCGACGUGAAGACAGGAUAUGUCCUGGAUAUUAUAGUGUACACAGGGUCUACCACUGACAUCAAACAUUAUGAGGGGCUUGGGGUGUCUGGGUCCGUGGUGAUGACCAUGCUGGCUCCUCAUCUCGGCAAGGGACACACUUUGUACGUGGACAAUUGGUACAGCAGUCCCACACUCUUCCAGCAUCUGCUCUCCAACAGCACAGGGGCCUGUGGCACAGUCAGGUCGAACAGGAAGGGGAUGCCGGCAUCCGGAUGCAGGAAGAUGCAGAGAAGGGAGGUGGAGUUCCAGGAGAACGGUCAACAGCUGGCAGUAAAGUGGCAUGACAAAAGAGACGUCCAUGUCCUCUCCACUGUCCAUACAGCAACCAUGUCGGCCACAGGGAAGGUGGACCACCUGACGGGAGAGAGAAAGAUAAAACCAGAUUUUGUGCUAGACUAUAACCUCAAAAUGGGGGCCGUGGAUAAGGCGGACAUGAUAAACAGCUUUGUGGAAUUCACUCGGAAAACGACCAAGUGGUAUAAGAAGAUAUUUUUCCAGCUGAUCGACACUGCUGUCCUCAACAGCAGCAUAGUUCACCGCCAACUAACAGGUAAAGUAAUUACCUAACAAAAAUACAGAGAGAACCUCAUGAGAGAGCUGUUGGAGGAGCACCACACCCCUCGGCGCCCCUCCACUGGGGGUCGCCCUGCUUUAGACAAUCCCCUACGCCUCACUGCACGGCAUUUUCCCUGCAAAGUCCCUCAAACUGCUGCUCAAGGUAAUCGCACACGGAGGCACUGCAAAGUCUGCCUGUCUGGCGCCAGGAGAAGUAAGCAGAGGAAGAUGACAAAAUACAUGUGUUUAGCUUGUGAUACACCUCUAUGUAUUUCACCAUGCUUUGAGUAUCACAUGCUCAAGCAUUAUUGAGCACAUCUGCAGCAAUAAGUGACUGACUGACCUGACAGGUGACUUGACAGGUGACCUGCCAUGAUACUAUGCCUUUAGAGGUGGGGGUGGAAAUGCAGUUGUUGUUCAGUCACUGCAUGAAUAUUAAAUAUGGGUUAUGCAUAUUAAAUUUUUUAUCCUCUAGUAAAACAAGUUGUUGUUGAACCAACUACCAAUACUUCAAUAAAAUAGACGACUAUUACAUAUUGGCCUAUGUGUUUUCUUGCUGUGUUUCCAUCCAGUAAAACUGUUAAGGAGAGAACGUUAGCAUACAAAAGCUGUCCUCAAUCUUCAGCUCGAAAGAUGUCCAGUUAUGAUAUUGGCAAAUACUGUUUGUGGUUUCUGAAAGUACAGA